GGUGGUGGUGGUGGUGGUGGUGGUAGUGCUUUGAGUAGCAGUGUGGAUUCUCUGCCAGGGGAAAAGCUUUCAUUGACGGAUGACGACGAGGGGGAUAUUUUAGAUGCUCAAGAGAACCGUGCUGCUCGUGAUCUGCUUGGUCUUUUUACACGCCAAAGAUUAAGCGAUGAGAUUGUAGCCAACACAACGGAUCCUUCCGUUUGUCAAGAGUUUAUUGAUUUUGUCAAGACGGGAGAAACGAUAGCUCUUCGAAAGUUGCAUUCUUCAAAUAUGUAUAUGAAAAAUUCGUUAUCAGAAGAUGUCGAGCCGUGUCUACGAUUUGGACCAAAUUCAAGACUUUCUCCUAAAAAGUUAGUAGAUGCUAUUCUGAUGAAUGCGUGCUUCAUUGAAAAAACGCCUUAUGGUUUUUCAAAAGAACAGGCAAAGAAGGCGGUUGAGACACCGUUAAGAAACUCAGCAACUAAACACAUGCUUUGGGAAUAUCUCAGUACAGGUUCAUUAACGAGUAGCAGUAGUACUGCAUCCAUCAGCAGCAAUAAUAAUGGUGCCCAUCAUCAACCAUCGAUAGAAUGUCAAGCAUGCGGUUAUAUGACAGAAAAUGAUUUGCCUUAUCGAUUCCGUAUUUCCAUACUAGACGAUUGGGCAUGUAUAGAUCGUUAUUGUCGUGACAGAUUGGUCUCUGUUUGUGAAUUCUAUACUUUUAUACGUAACAUUAGACAAGGUUAUUACAAUGGCCGCACAUUAUCUGAUCUAUUUCAGGAAUCGACGCGAUUGAAAUUACAAAUGUUUUACGCAAGGAUGGGCACUUUAUCUCAAACACUGCGUCAGAUGGGGUUGGAAGGAGACUCUGUUGGACAAGCAUCAGCGCCCAACAUGGUUAUCCCACCGCCAGUGAUUGUCGUUGAUGGACAAACCACUGCACCCUCAUCACCGCCAACCACUGCCGCAAGUUCGACGCGUUCUUCAAAUGAUUUACACAUAACGGAAAAGGAGAAGGGGGACAAGGAGGAUAGCUUGAGUAUUAUAAGUAAACAUAGCAAUGCCAGCAAUGCCAGUUCGGUGCACCCUACCAAUUCGGUUUGGUUAGCAUAGAUCCCUAACACUAUUACCUUAACAACGAUUACUUUUUUUUUUUUUAUAACUCUAUGUAUGCAUAUACUAUCUACUAUACUCAUCGAAUAAUUUCUAAUGUUCUCAGAUCUUUCCAUUAUCCCUUAAUCGAUUUGACUGUAACUUUAUCUUUGUUUCCUUUUUUUUGUAUCUUUUCAUUCCUUGUGAAAUCUCAUUUUUAUAAAAUAUUCAAAGAAUCAAGAGAAAGAAAGGGCUGUAUCUCCUUUCAUCAAAGGAACUUAUUCAAAAUUUAAAAAACGAAUCUUUUAAAUUUUCACCAAAUAAAAAAAUAUGUUUAUAAAAGGCUUUUGGGCUUAUUACGGGAAUGCCUGGUGAAUGCAGGGCCUUUUUUUUUUUUUUUUUUUUUUU